GGUAGACAGCGAGGUUGAGAUAAUGUAACAUCACUUAAGUUUUUAUAUAAUUCUCACUAUAACACGUAUUUACUCGAAAAACAAGUUAUGGCCAAGCUUGAACAGAAAUAUUAUGUUACAAGCCCUAGAGCAAUUAUUGUGCCAAACAUGGGCUCCAUUGAUGUCCAGAACAAGGCCAGGCUUAGAGUGAACAGAAUAGCUAUUGUACAGGACUUGAAAGUAGAACAUGUGUUAGAGCAUCUCCAAGAGCAAAAUGUAAUCGACAUGAAGGAUGUAAAUGAAAUUGAAAGUGGAACAACACAUCAAGACAAAGCCAGGCUCCUUCUUGAUGUACUGUCGACAAAAGAGAAAGGAUCGGACUGGUAUAAACACUUCAGGUAUGCUCUGGUCAAUGCCAAAGCUGAUGCAGCCACUAGGAAAACAUACCACAUGUUAGUGGAGUUCUUGGACAACACAAUCAUCAAACCCAAAACAUCUCCAAGGGGUAACAUAAGUGAAACUGACCAGAGAGUGGAUCUGCUGAAAUUUCCAAAAUACUCCCCCUUGCCUAACAUAUCCCCAGAGAUCCCAAGUGUUGUAAGUGGGCGUGGCACUGUAACAUUCAAUGUUGAUGAGAGUCCUGCUGAAGAGAAAGGUGAAUUGGAGAGCAGACAGUCUGAAAAGCCAUCUCAUAGUGAAGAGAAAACACCCAUUCUAAGAGCCACAUCUGUGCCUGCAGGAUCAUUUGAGCUUAAAGCACCAGAAAACUACACCAGCCUACUUGAAUACCCAGUUGAACAUGCCAGGCGCCUGGAAGAAUCACCUCUCAUGGCAGACAAAAUGCAACUGGCUGAUGAAGAGGAAGUUUUCCGUAAAAUGCAGCAGCUGGAAGUCGCCUAUGCUCUUCAUUCUAGACAUCAGUUACCUUGUGGGUCACUGCUGAUGAGUCAAGCAGCCCAAGAUUUUCUGUUUGAUCGUGAUUGCCAUCAUCUUUACAUGAAGUAUUUUGACCAGCUGAAGAAAUCCCACUACAUAGACAUUGCCAAGGAAUUUGUAGGGGUUUAUGCAUUGCUCGUGGAGACCAUAGAAAAUCCUAAUACCCACGAUUCCAUCAUGUUAAUGACCAAGAUCUGCUUUAACCUUGUAUACUUUCUCCAAGAAUUUGGUUACUUUCCUGAAGCAGAGAAGAUCCUAGUUUCAUUUCAGCAGUAUUUAUCCAAGUACCCUGGAAUUGAGAGCUGGAAAUCUGAGUAUGACGCCAGUGUUUUGCUGAUGACACUCUGCAACAAUAACUAUGACUUUAACAGGGCUGACAAUGCAUAUUAUGCUGCCAUGAGGGCAAGUAACAACAUUGAGAUGGUGGCAUUUGGAAAGGACAUCUUGGACCAAGGAGAGCAGUUUCUUCAAAAUAGUAUUAUGCUAAGAGAGAUUGGUAGUAUUGGGCCGGCUUACAUGUGGAUACAGAAAGCUAUGAUGGAGGUAGAACCUUCCAACCACCAUACAAUAAUAAAUGUGUUAUGUGAAUCAGUCCUCACCUACAGUGCCAAGGCUAAUUUGAAGAAAGCGGAGGAACUGGCAAUACAAGCUGUGAGACAGGCAAAGGAGUUCUUUGGGACCAAUCACCCCCAAUACUUGAAAGCCUUGCUACAUUAUUGUUACUUCUCCAAUGAAUGCAGACAGGAUACAUUUGGGGUGGAUGCAGCCAAGGAUGCAGUGGUUGUGGCUUUGAAAAUCUAUGGCAUGGAGACCCUUCAUGCUGCCCUGGCUUACAGAGCCCUGGCCAAAGCCCUGAUUGUCUGCCAGGAUUUCAGUGAGGACUUGUAUUUAUCCUAUGCACAGACAGCUCUCCAGAUUGCCAUGGAUAACAUACCAAGUCUCCAUCCUAAGCUGUCCUUGUUCAGGCAUACACUUGCUACCUGUUUACAAUGGAAAGCUGUCAAUGCACUGAAGGAUGAGAGAGUAGGGCCCCUGAUCCAGGCAGAGGCUGAGGCCAAAGCUUAUCUCAAUACUACUGUGGCAUUCUUCGGUGAUAUCAGUCUGAAAAGUGCACAGGGUCACAGCCUGCUGGGACAGAUAUACAUCAAGAUGGACAGAUAUGAAGAAGCUGAAGAAAAGCUGAAAAUGAGCUUAGAGAUUUUGAAACUUUGCCAGCCCCAUAACAGCUAUUACGCUUACAUGGCCAAAGCAACAUAUGGCACAUUCUGUAAGUUGACACAGAGACCGGAGAUCGCUAUUGACUUGCUGAAGGAUGUGGUGGAUAAUGUUGAUUGUGGAGGGAUGUGGCAGAGAUGGAUAGAGAUGUGUUUUGAGACUCUAAUCUCCUUAUUACGAGACAAUGGACAACAAACAGAGGCCCAGCAUUACCAGGGGCACCUGCUGGACUUCAACAGGGAAAUGGCCAGGCCUAAGCCAGUAACUUGGGAUGUCCUGGAUGCCAAGCCAGAGCCAUGGGAGAAAUUUUUACAAGAGGGUGUCAAGCAGUGGCAAACAAAAGUCUCCUUGGUAAAGGAAGGAAUAGCUGGAAUGACAUUAAAUGCUUUGAAUUCAACAUAGAGGAACUUGAUGGAUGGAGAAAAUGCUAAAAACUCAAUUGAUGGAGAAGAAAUGAUGACUUAAGGCUCAUUUCCAUAGAAACUAGCAGUCUAUGUAGACCGAUAGUAGACCAAUAGUUUCAAUGGGAAUGAGCCCUUAUAUUAUAUUAUUUGUUUUUGAUCAGUUAAUGAUUUAUAAAUAUAAAGUGUUGGAUCAUACUUUAAUUUCUGCAGAUUUUGUAAAAAACUUUAAAAAGCCAAUGUGAUGUAAAGAAAAUGUUGGAUACAAUCAUUUUGUACAUAUUAAUACUCGGUACUUAUAGAAGAUGACAUUACUAUAUCAAAAAUACAAUUGUGAUACAUCUCAAAAAGCCAAGUGUGAUUAUGAUCAAAUGAUCUACUGAUCUGUGAUGUUGUUGCAUGCAAAAUACUGUUUUAUUUCAUAAUGGUAAAUAUGUAUGUGACAUGCACCCCAUUAAUUCAGGUUUCAUGAUGCAAAGAGCUGUAUAUCCAGUUCUACUCUAUAAAUUGAAGGGGAGGUCAUUUACAUGUGAUUUGUGUCCCUCAACUUUUCUUAUUUUUAUCUGUGUAUAGUUAAAAUAACAUGUUGUACAUAAAAUUUUCUUUUUCC